UUAUAUGUCUUUGGUUCAAUUGGGCACUCAUCUUCGGAUUGAAGAAUCAGUGAGGGCUCGAGAAAGCAACAAAUCCAAGGAUGUUGCUGGACCAUCGUGUUAAUAUGGUGGAGGAUGGUGGUUCCAAAGCGAAGCACAAGUUUGGAAAAAGGAAGCAACACAAGCCCGACAAGAACACCACCAACAAGAAACAAAAGGUGGCGUGUUGGAAGUGUGGUAAACCCAGGCAUUUUAAGAAAGAUUGCAGGGUUGGCAAAGGAAAACAAGAAGCCGGUCCAAGUGGGUCGAAGGACCCAAAUAUGCAACAAGAGAUCGGCUAUAGGGAUUGGAUUGAAGUCUAUCUAAAUUUCUCAUGGUGCAAGAAUAAAGAGGACUACCUAUAUGAGCAUGAAGUUUAGCCGCUUCAAGAAGUAGAGACUUCGCUUCGAUAUGCUUAUGAAGGAUUAGGACGCAAGGCUAGUAAAUAAUAGUGUCAAGU